AUGGCCGCGGCAAACCUCCAGCUGAUGGCUACAAACGGCCCUUUCGACUUUCUCCCUGCAGGCCACCACUCGCGCUCCAACUCGGUCUCCUCCUCCUCGUCCGCCAACUCGCCCGGCUCCCGUCCCCAGUCUUCCCAGGGUGGCAUCUUGCGGACGUCGGCUCUGAUGCCGCCAUCGUCCGAAGACCUCUACCGUGCUUCUUUCCAUACCACCAGCACCUUUACCGCUGACCACGCCCGCACAACCUCAGACACGUCUCACUCCUCCGCCUACUCUCUUGCAUCUGAGCUCCUCACCCCGGGCGACUCCCCUCCAAACCACAACCUCUCCAAUCCCUCGCUCAAGGCCCAUCUGCGACCGACUCAUAUCCGGGCUCGCGUCGCGGCGUCCCCAUACCCGCGGGAUUGUGAGAGCGCCCACUCUUCUUCCAGCGAGACCGAAGACAUCUCUUUGUACCUCGGUCCUUCGCCGAACGACUAUCAUCCUAUGUUUGGCGGGCAGCCGAUGAUGGGCCAUCCAGAGCCGAUGCACACCACAGGGGUGUUUGGGCGGAUGACUCUCAGCCCUGAUCACGCCCUGGAAAAGCUAGCGGCGAAUGUGCGCGCAGCAACAACAACCAGUGCGUCCGACAGGGCAAAGCAGAUUUUCGUGCAGGCAUGGUUAACUGCCAACUACUCUCCAUACCCCGAUGGGAAUGUUCCCCGUCAGGGGCUCUACUUUUCGUAUCGGCGUGUAUGCGAACAGUACAGCAUACCACAUAUCAACACCGCCACGCUGGGAAAGGCCAUCAGGCUUUGCUUUCCUACAAUCAAAACGAGACGGUUGGGUGUUCGAGGGAACAGUAAAUAUCAUUAUUGCGGCAUACGGCCUGCAACAUCGGCAGAGGCCGAGUUUUUGCAGGACUACAUACGGAAAUCUAACAAUACCGCUGCGCAGCAGUCUAUCAAUGCUGCUCGCAUGGCGAGCGAGCAGGCGGAGGCCUCCAACAGAGGAGGCUCAGAUGAUGAAGAUGAUGAGGAUUCGGAAGGCGCCAGCUCAGGCAAUGUCUCCAAGCGCAAUUCGCUGAACUUGAGCAGCAGUAUCAAGAAUUCGGGACUCUAUGCUGACGAGAAGACACCCACAGCGAGCAGUCUACUCGCACAAGCCAGCCAACGACCGAUGAGCAGCUCAUAUCCCAUGCAGGCAUCGAUCCGACGACACCCUACGCAAGUGGAGCCUGGAUUGACGGUCUCGCCCCAAUCUGCUUCUAGUGCCGCGGAUGCCGUCGCCUCCCUCGCACUUGUGUCCCCGUCGGCAUCCAACUCGGUGAGGCAGCUGCCCCACUUCCCGUCCAUAGAGGAAGCGGUUGGUAUAUCUUCGACGUCUCCCCACAGCUUAGCAGCUCGUGAAGUGUGGCGCUGGUUCCAGGAUCAUCUGGAUGGCUUGCUAGAUUGUAUCCGAAGUUAUCGAGUUGAUCAAUUCGAGUUUCACAUACGGUCGUUCUGGUCGAACCUAAGCGGCAACCAUCGCGAGGUGGUCCACGCGCCUGCUAUCGCCGGCCUCAUGACUAAAGCAGACGCGAUUGUCUACGAUGAAAUUUUGGAGCUCUUACGAUCGCAAAUGUUGUCCACAAUAUCGCCUGCAUUCUUGACAGGCUUGCGCCAACUCGCUGACAAAAUGGAGAAGAUACUUCUUGGGUCCCUCGAGGGUUAUGGCAAUACAUUCGUCGAACCCAAAGUAGAACUCGGUGCUCGGUUCGGUCAUCUCGUCUUGCGAUUCCUCGAUAUUUAUCAAGUCACACAAGCUUUAACUGCUGUGCUGACGAACCCGAAGCAGCUCAAUGACAUGCGUCGAUCUUGGCAGAAGGUGGAUUUCGAAUCCGUCCGUAAUCAGUCUGCGUUGGUCUGCAACUGCCGGCACGAGGAUCUUGUUCAAUUGUUGGAAGUGGAAUUUGUCAGCCUGUUAGACGGCCUCGUGAAGAGCGGCGACCCUGUACGAGAUGUAAUGACCUGGGCAGACAAGUGCUGCGAAAAGUUGAUGAUUGCGCGAGGCGUCGGUCCCGAAGAUCGUUCAACGAUGAGCUCAAGAAGUGUCUUGAUUCGAUGGGGUUAUGUAACGAGCCAGGUUAUAAGGGAUCUGACAAUUCGGAGCGAUCCUGCAUUUGGUGCUUUCCAGAUACUCAAGCUAUUCUUGGAUGACUGGAUUGCUCUCAACGUCCUCAGGAGUGUUGCUUUGUCAACGAAUUCUGUUGCAGCCUCUGUGGAGCCUGUCAUGCAGCAGCAGUUUUUCCUAUCACCAAUGUCCGGCCACGAAAAUUUUGGACAAUCCCUGGAUGUCAAUCACUCUGCAAUGUCACAUACCCCGACCACAUCAAGCAUGCUCGCUGCAUUGCAACAAGAUACCUUUGGAAACGGAUCCCUGGACCCAACGUCGGGCGCUUUUGGCGCUGACACUUUUAGCUCUUUGGCUUUCAUGGAUACUUCCCCGACUCAGGAGGAUUCUCUGCCCGUUCAUUCUUCAUCUGUGCAGUUCUCCGACUACGUCUCGACUUCAUCUGCUUUUGAUACAGCCGCGUUCACUCACGAAAUAGGCAUACACAGCGCGUCCGGCACGCCUCCUUCUACUGGAAGCGAGCCAGACAACUCACCCGAACCUGUCAAAUCGGAGGCAUCGGUUUAA